CUCCGCCCCAGGGUCAUCUUCCGGGCACCGUCAAUUCUUUAUAAGACUAGAAUGGCUUCGACAACGUCAGAUAAAGCGACUCCAGAGCGGCGGGCAGAGCUUUUGCAGAACCUCGCUGAAACCAAAAUUUGUUUCGCGGAAGCUUCGAAGUCAUUAUCUCACGCUCCGACACUGGUAGCUGUAUCAAAGACCAAGCCGGCAUGGAUGACUCGUGCUUGUUAUGAGGAAGGCCAAAGGGAUUUCGGAGAAAAUUCUGAUAUAGAUCUAGUGAACAAGGCGAAAAAGCUGGCAGACCUUGAAAGCCUUCGAUGGCACUUCAUAGGUGUGAUGAAAAAGACAGAAGGAGACGAUUUUCGGAGGCAAGCAAGGAUGAGAGAACUUACAAUGGUGUCAAAUCUUCAUGCCAUCCAGAGUUUGACUAGCAUCGAAGAUGCUGAUAUCUACAACGGUGCUAUACCCGCUGACCGCAAGACGCCUCUCAACAUGCUCUUGCAAGUCAACACGUCUGGGGAAAUCCAAAAGUCGGGACUGCAAUAUGUGGAUACCGAAGCUGAAGCCGCCGACUCCCCGCUAUUCAAGCUUGCUUGCUACAUCAUUGAACAUUGUCCCAAGCUACAUUUCCAGGGGCUGAUGACUAUUGGCUCACAGACGGAAUCUCUGGCAUCAUCGGAACGACCAAAUCAAGAUUUUGAGACGCUCAAAAAGACCAGAGAUGUACUAGAAGGGAUGCUUCGAAGCAAUCCAGCGUUCAAUGGGAGAUGGGGGGACAACGAAAAACUCCUGCUCAGUAUGGGUAUGACUGCUGAUUUUGAGGCAGGUUUACGAGCUGGUAGCCACAUUGUCAGAGUGGGAACUGGUAUAUUCGGAGCCAGACGUAUGAAGUGAAAAGCCAUAUAGUUACAUUGUGUAAUUUGUGUUGUACCUGGUGUGACGUGACAAUAUAGAUAAAGACAUCAGUGAUCACACUCCGUUUGUUGAUCAAAA